AGCAGACAAAACAGUCUGAAAUUGAAAUGGCGACAAACGAAGUGCCAGAAAAACGCGUGGAUGUGGAUAAAUUUGAUGUUAUUGUAAUUGCUCCUGAUGAACAAAAUGCAACUGUCACCAAAGAGGUAGAUCCCACCACUGCAAAUAGUUCAAGUAGUACAAGAUCAUCACUACAGCCAGAGAAGCAGCGCAGUCACCACCGACGCCUAACCAAAUCUGUAUCAAGUGUGGUCUUUGAAAACACAGUAGAAACCGCCCAAGAUCUUGAGGUAGAGGAAGAUAAUAAUGAUGAUGAUGAACGAAAAGAUACCAUAAGAAGUAUUGAUAGUAGAGAUAAAUAUGAAGCAGAACGCCGCAACGAAUAUCGACCGCGUCACAAACGUAUUUUAGAUCGUGACUAUGAAGAUGCCAUUAUCCAGGAGUUAGACGUUGACGACGAUGACGACGACGAAUUCGAUUUUGAUAACAAUGCGUUGUUUGAUGAUGACUCAGAAUCAUAUGCCUCACUCAACGUAGACCCAUCGCAUGAUUCCAUAAAAAUGAAAACAGAUUUCUUGAAUAAUUUUGUCUUUCCACCAUUUGAAGAUUUCGCCGUACAAGAACAUGUAUCGCCAAGUGUGCGAAAAGAUAGCACAAUGAGUAACUAUGAGGAUGUGGGAAAAUUUGUUGAUCCCCUCACUGGCGAAGUAUUAUCCAGUUCCGAGUCAUCAAGCGAAUUAAUGGCAGAGUCGGAGUUGACACAACCCGAAGAAGAGCAAUUAACAAGUAUUAGUAGUAGUAGUGAUCCCUCGACUAUGACAGAGUUCUCGGAUGAUGAAGAUUUGGACGACUACCAUUAUGCUGACGUCGACACUAAGGGCUAUAAAGUUAGUGCUGAUGAUGAUGCUCUUGAAAAUAUUCUAGUAGAGUUUCAACAAGGUUAUCAUGUUGUAGAGACAACCGGACAAUCGGAAAAUUAUCUUCAAAAUCUUCAACAAAAACAAGAGGCAACCAUAAUAAUUUGUGACUUUCUUAACAAUCUUUUAGAUGAGAUACACAUGAAAUCGGAGACAAUACAAACGGAUAAUGAACUGAGAAACAAAUGUGACAAAGAGAAGCUAAUAAAUAGUCUAACCGAAUCUGUGGAUAGCUAUUGGGAUGAAAAAUAUUCCAAUGGCUAUCUAAAUACUCGUACAGUUGAGUUUCAUAAGCGUCAGAAAAAAUUUCGUAAUAUCAGCGAGCAAUCGCCAGAGGAAGAGCUUCAGGAAUAUCGACGCUAUACACAAGCAUUAUAUCAUUUGGAUAAAGUAAAAAAACAUAAUGCUGAGUCUAAACGCAAUAUUGCUCACCUUAUGUGCAGUGUCCUAAUGGAUUUGCAAUUUGUGGAAACAAUUGUCGAACAUGUGGAACGCCAUUUGGAGAAAACAAUGCGUCAAUAUUUGGUCCGCAAUAAUUCGGAAUAUCUACGUAAAAUUCUAGAUUGUGAACUGAGAAAGAUGCAAAACAAGAGAAAUGAAAUAAGCGAUACUCGUCUAUUUCUCAUAACUCGCAAGCAUACUCUAGGCCGCAUAAAAGAAAAAAUCGGAAAUCUAGAUAGAAUAUCGGAUGACCUGUGCAUUCGUGACUUUAUAGCCAUACAGAAUGAUGUAAUGGCUUUAGAUAAAAAACUUGAAGAACGUAAUGUCGAUUUGAAGAAACUGCUAAAUACAUAUAAUGUCCAUUUACAUGAGAGAUCACAUAAUCUCGAAAAGAGUGAAGUCUUGGCCGAGCAGCUAGAGCAUAGGAAAGCCAUUCUGUUGGAUCUAAAGCGACAGCAAGGUUUACUACGUCAGAAGCUCUAUGAAGCAAAAAUGCAAAGGUCCAGCUUACAUCAAAAGCAGAAUGAGUUAUCCUUUAGAGGUGGGAUACUAUCGAUGCCAGCUUUGCUGCGUGACUAUGACGCAACUGUGGAAAAAGUAGAAGAGAAACGAAAUUGUAUAACUAAAUUAAAGGAAGUUUUAAAAAGCAUGUCCACUCGAUUUGCCUACUACGAAUCACGCAUAAUUCAAGUAGAAAUGUCUGCGUCCAAGGAAGAAUUGCCGGAUGUCGCAGCUUCGGAUGUUCCAAUAGACACAGUUGCUGAAGAGGCAACUGAAGAACAGAAUCUAGAACCAGAUAAAGAACAAGUGAAUGAAAAUCAAGAAGCAGAACCUAAGCAGUCCCAAGAGGAAAUCAAGACAGCUGAGCCUUCAGCCGAACAAAAAGAACCAUCCAGUCAUAGACUAAGUGGAGCUCCCAGCUCUGCUGAGCCAAAUGGAGUGUCCCAAGAACAACUAACUCAAAAAAGUAACAAACAAAAAGAAUCUGGCGAUAAACUAAGUGUAGUACAAGAUCAGGGUGAUGCUGAAUCUAAAGGUAAAUCAAAGAAAGCGUCACUUGCUGAAGAACAGGCUGCUGAGAUGCCCAUCGAAAAAACCCAAGAAGAGCUAGAAGAAGACGAAAUGUUAGAUGAGGUUGUCGAGACCCGCAAGUCGAAACAAUUAACGGACGAGGAGAAGAAACAACGUGAUCGACAAAAACGCAAAGAACGUGCCAGCAAGCGUUUUGGACAGAGAAGAAGUUCGGUGGUGGCUUUCGAUGUGGUAGCUGAAGUAAGAGAGCUACUCGAGGAAAAUAGGGACGAUGAUGAUCGUAGUGAUGUUAUUAGUAUUAUUGGUUCCGAUUUCGAUGAACGUAACCGCCCCUCAUAUCGACAUAAGAGUUUGCUGGAGCGUAACGUUUUGGACACUGUGGUGGAACAGUUUGGUGCCGAUUUUGAUGAAAACUCUGAAGGUUUCUUAAGUGCAUAUGCUUCAUCAGGGGGAUCAGACCAAGAUCUAUGGGAACAGCUAUCUGCAGAUGAUAUAGAUACUGUACAAAUGAAAACAGAUUUUCUUAAUGAUUUUGAAAUGCCUGAAAUGUCUGAUAUAUCCGAAUCAGACGAAGCUCCAAUGACAGCGAACGUUUUAACAGCCAUUUCCUCUAAGAUUUCAUUUAAAGAUGAUGUGGGAAGGUUUGUGAAUCCUUUGACUGGCGAAAUAUUGAUUAGUUCAGAAUCGAGCGCAGGCGAUGUACCUGUCGAGAAAGUAGAAGAAGAAAUGGCACUGAGCGAGUCAUCAUCGGGCAUGUUAGACUUUGAUGAUAGUGACGAGGCACCCAAAGAAAUCGUCAAAACUGAAGACGGGGAGCGUGACGGUGACUCAUUUGUCAAUUUCCAGCAAGGAUUUCGCUACAUGGGAGAGGAUGAGGGCAGCAGUUCGGAGGAUAAACUAACAAAAAGUAUUAAAAAUGAAGUGCAUCAAAUUACUAACGAUUUUCUCGAGGAACUGAUUAAUGAAGUGGUAACGAAAUCAGAAUUACUCACUGCCGAUAAUAUGCUCCGAUCAAAUUGUGAUAAACAAAAACUAAUUGAAGGCAUAUUGGAAUCUAUAGAAACCUACGAGAUUGAGAAAUCAGUAAACUUCUAUUUGAAUGCCCGAACUUGUGAAUAUUAUAAACGUCAGCGAAUCCAACGUGUCUUCCAUACCCUACCGCCUGCGGCUGAGUAUUAUGAGCGUCGACGUUAUAAACAGGUAUUAAAUCAUUUGGAUUAUGUUAAAAAACGAAAUGCUGAAGCCAAACGCAAGAAUGCCGAACUUAUGUGUAGUGUCCUUAUGGAUUUGCAAUAUGCCACAACUAUUGUUAAGCACAGUGAACUCCAUUUGGAACAUACAAUGCGUCAUCAUCUGAUACGAAAUAAUUCCGAUUCUCUCAAGCGCAUAGUCGAACGUGAAUUGAAAGCGAUGGAGCAUAAGAGAAAUGAGAUCAGUGAUGCUCGUCUGUUUCUCAUCACCAGGAAACAUUCUCUAGGUCGCAUAACAGAUAAAAUUCAUCAAUUAGAAAAAGUAACGGAGGACCUAUUGAUCAGUGACUUUGUUGCCAUACAGAAUCAGGUGGUGGCAUUGGAUAAGAAAAUUGAAGAAAAAAAUGUUGACUUGAAGAAGCUACUGAACACCCAUCAAGUGGAUAUUCAUCAGAUAGAACACACUCACGAAAAGGCUCUGGUCCUUGCUGAUAUGCUAGAGGAAAAGAAAGCCAUCCUGCGGACAAAGCAGGAUCGACAAAUGGAACUACGUGAAAGUCUUUAUGAAGCAAAAAUGCAAAGAACACGCAUACAACAACGACAUAAGGAACUUUCUAUCAAGGGGGGCAUCCUAUCGAUGCCAGCCCUAAUGACCGACUAUGAUGUGACUCUACAGAGAGUGGAAGAGAAACGUGUUAGUGUAGCUAAAUUAAGAGAAAGUUUGAAAAGCCUUUCGGCGCGUGUUGCCUACUUUGAGUCACGUAAUCUGUAGUCGAUUUUAAAUAAAGGACAUAUAACAUUUUUUUAUCAA